AUGCCAUCACAAAUCCUCUCGCAGACAGAAGGCAGGCAGUACACAGCCGCAAAGAGCACAGUCGUGAUCUCGUAUGUGCUCUCAGUGAUUGGUGUUUUCUACUAUUUCGCCUUGGGCCACUUUGGCAAGUCUUACUUCACCCCUUUCACCGCCUCGCAAAUCAUAAUAGUGCUUUACUGCAUUGUGACGCUUCUCUUGCAGCUCCUCUUUAUUGUGCAGUCGUUUUUCAACACAAACGUGUCUUCCAGCAACCAGGCAAACAUUUUGGCGGUGGUCGGACCACAUUUCUCCAUUAACAACAUCCUCAACUUCUUCUGGUGCUACUUUUUCAUCCGCAGGAACUUCCUUGUGGCCGAGAUCAUCCUCCUUGUCAACCUUAUCAACCUCCUCUCGCUCUAUUUCACGCAUAAAACCGUCUCCAUCAAGAGUGCAUCUGAUUGGCUAGUUGUGCACUUCCCAACCUGCGGUUUGCCGCUUUCCUGGACGCUUUAUGCGAUUUUCUGGAACGGUGCGUGCCUCUUCCACUCCCACUACGAGUCGCUUUUGCCUCGGUUGAUCGCAAAUGUCUUGAUUUGGGAGUUUCUCGUCACACCACUUGCACUUUUGAUCUUGUACAAGGACUGGUCUGUUUCGCUUUCCACGAGUUUCUUGAUGCUCGGACUCGGUCUCAAGCAGUUCUUCAACAAGGCCAUUGCGUUACAGUGGAUAUUUGCCUUCGUUAUCUCCGGAAUCGACUUCCUGGCCUCUAUUUUGUGUAUUGUGCGGUCUUCUUUGGCAAAUCGCAACACACAGACCAAUUCCGACGAGGAGGCACCUUUGUUGAGUUAG